CAGGGCUAAAUGGUUUCCUAAGUGGACACAUUCUCACUUUGACGACUGUGACUGAAGAAACACCAUGUUGUUUAUGGGUGGAACUUGAGGAAAUACUGUACACUGAUGGAAUCUCCACAGACCACCAGGCCAGAUGAAUCUUGUGGACAAUGAGGAUCCUUCUAGGAUGCCUAAUUCUUGCACAUUGCUGCACGCCAGUCGACGGCGCAGCUUGUGCCAGCUUGGAAUCAGUAGUCCAUGCAUGUAACGACGAGAUCGCUGAGGGCAGUGUUGUGUACAUAGACACCUCUCUGACGUACGCCAUGACAGGUUGCUGCAGUUGCACCUUGGAUGUCAACCCUGCGCCAAUGGUUGUAAACAUCUCAGUGGAAAGUAUUGCUGAACAAUGUGAAAGUGUGCUGAACUUCCCCUCCAUAGACUAUAAUGUCACAUGUGGACAAAUUCCUGGUUCGGUUGUUGCUAACCUCACGACGAAUCUUAACAUAACAUGGACAAAAAAGAAUGCAUUUAAAAGCACGGAUACCUGUGUCAGGAUAGCAAAAAGUCAACAAAGCUCAGCGGGCAACCUCAGUCUUCACUGCGAGAAAGGUGGUGAUUUUGAAAAAACAACAGGUGACAGCCCCAUCAAAUCGCACUUCACUACUGCAGCACUAGAGGCUCCUCAAACUACUCUCUCGCCUGAGAUGGCAAAAGCAAAUCGAAAAAGAUUUGUGAGUAGUCUUACGGUUGGAAUCCUGUCUGCCAUUAUUAUCACACUGUUUCUCCUCGGUCUCGUUGUUCAUUUCAGUGACAAGCGGCUGAAGGAGAGACUUCUUAGGGAGGAGGAAGAAGCAAGACUAAGAAGGAUGGCUAAAAUGAACGCCAUACACCGGCUGUACCCACCCCGGAGGAAAGAGGUUGUAGAGACCACAAUAUAGAUAUUCCUAUCCUCAACAAACUGUGAUACCUAACAGGAUAAAGUAAAGUGUUACAGAACCUUGUCCUCUUCAACACACGAUACCUAGCUGGACAAAAUUACCUUUGUUCCUCUGGUGAAGUGUUUCCUUACCUGUUCCUCUACGAACUGUGAUCAAAUUAACUCGUGUGUCCUGUUGAACUCUUCUUAACGCCAGAAGUUUAUAUGUAUGUAUAUGUGUUAUCAAUGUCAAAUAGAAAUAUGUUGUAUAUAGUUACUGAUGAACCUUAUGUGUUAAGAGGAAUACUAAUAUAUAUGCCUUGGUUCUAUUCAUAUUCACAAUGUUCUGUACGUAUAUUGCUUGUUUCAGUGUUAUGUCAAUGAAUCAUAAGGUUUAUUGUAUUAUAUUGCAUUAUCGUAUAACGGCAAGUGUUAUAGGUGCGAUAAAGCAAUCAGAUAAAACUGGCAUUACUAUCCGAUAAAUAUGCAAAUGUGAUCGCCUAGCAGGAACUACUUUCAAGCUCCAUACAUCCAUGCUAUGUCCGUUUUGAAUGACGUUCUCAAUAUGAUAAAAUUGAAGUUCCCCAAAGUGUCACCCCGUUUUUUUAGACAGUCAUUUGGCACUGUUUGGUAAACUGGGUGGUUCAAUCAAACAUUAAAUGGUUUCUGAAGCUACUUCAAUGAGUGAAAAUACGUCUAAUACUGUCACUAGUUUAACAAUUACAUGAUAUGACAAAGAUAUUAUUACGCUCACCUUUUCAAUAUCGCUGAAUGCUCCCACAAUACAGUUUGUAUGACUAAUUAGAUAUUUACUUUGAGAAAACACACUCGGCUAAUACUCUCUAUUUAUCAUCCUGAGUAAAUUACUUAUAUUCCUUUGCUGUCCCCGUGAUGCCAUUAGAUAUUAUUGAUAACUGAAAACGAACGGAGAUGUCAUAGCAUGUUAACUACAGCUAUGCACAGUGUCCUUGUCAUACAAGGCCUCUGUGCGCUCUGUCCACUACACCAUGAAGCGACUGGAGAUUACGUGUUGACAAUACUACAACGAGGGUGCACUGAAUUGGAUAAUCCUAAGAUAGAUCUUUCUCUGUAAUUACUUUAUGUAAAUUUGUGAUAUUUAACUCCAACAUUUGCACGUUUUUGUUACAUUUAUUACUGACUCAUUGAGAAUUAAAAUCAAACUAUUUCUUAUCAU